AUCCAACUCAUCCAAGCGAAUGAGCAGUUAAUUAUUUUCAUUACAAGCGCGCCGUUUUACACAAGCAGAAGACUAUCUAUACGUCAAACAUGGUUGUCUCUCUUGGUAAGCAACUCUGUUGCGCGAGGACGAUCUAACAUUCGAACACUGAUGAAAAACCCUUCAAAUUCAUCUAGUAACUUGGUUAUCCACUACUGGUUUGUUUGCGGACAUGACACAAAAGUGGACGUUGAAUCCGCCGUGCGGAAUGAAAGCGCCGUUUACGGCGACAUCUUAAGGCUGAACUACACAGAAUCCUAUUCACUACUUGCCUUCAAGACUAUGAGCUCUUUGUGGCUUGCUUCUGUCAUGGACAUUCAGGUUAUCGUCAAAGUGGACGAUGACGUAUAUUUGCACGUUCCUAAGAUGAUUUGGUGGCUGAAAACGUCUUCUAUACCCGAGAAGCUAUAUGCUGGCGCUGUGGUAAACGGGGGAGAAGUUAUUAGAAAUCCAAAGCAUAAAUGGUUCGUUAGUGAAAAAUUUCUGAACGACACUUUGUUCCCUCCAUACUGUAACGGGCCCUUUUUUAUUUUAUCUAAAAGCAGUCUUCUCGAAUUACUUAAGGUUUCCUCAAAUGAAGGCCUGACACCUUUUCCUUUAGAAGACGCCUAUAUAGGAAUAUUGGCGAAAAGAGCUGGAAUC